CAAAUUCCGAUACCUCCCCCGCUCUUUUCGCAGGUAGGUUUCAGUUUUCUUAAGACAAACGACAGGUAGAAAGAGAAGAAUUGGAGGAGAAGGUCAAUUGCUCUUGAUAAAGCUGGGAUCUUUAUGCGGUGUCUAUUUCGUACGGGGUUCCUGCGCCAAUAUUCCACCAUGUCGUUGCCCGGUCCCGCUACGUCUUCGCCGUUUACGAGAGCUGUGGUGAGCUCUAUGAGGAAGAUCUACCCAGAGUCUCUGGCGGACAAGAGUUGGGAUAACACUGGACUGCUACUGGAAGCACCAUUCAAUCCGGCCCGGAGACAGAAGAAUUCGGUUCUUUUGACUGUCGAUUUGACAAAAGCAGUCGCAGAUGAGGCUAUCAAGCGGAGGGAUUCAGUUAUCGUGGCAUACCAUCCCAUCAUCUUCCGCGGUCUCAAAUCUAUCACGCUUAGUGACCCCCAGCAACAAUCGCUCCUUCGCCUAGCUCAGGAAGGAAUAAGCGUAUAUUGUCCACACACGGCAGUCGAUGCUGUGCCGGGUGGCAUGGCAGACUGGCUCUGCGAUCUCGUCACUGGCGCCAUUUCCCCAGAAAACUCGACGGCGGUCACAAAUCUGUCAUCGUCCUCUAGCAACUAUUCGCAACCGACAUACGUCCAACCCCCUUCAUCUAUCACCGCCUCGUCAGCGACGCCCCAUACCCGCAGCACUAUCCACCCCUCCGCGGGUCCUGUUCCGGAAGGCUUCGAGUCUGCUGGUAUGGGUCGUCUUGUCACCUUCGCUAAGCCGCAGCCCUUGAGUUCCAUAAUUGAUCUCAUUGCUCGCGGGACCGGUAACCCCGCCGGCUUCUCCGUGGCUAUCCCUCAAUCUGCAUCUCUUGACAGUAUACAGAUCCGCACAGUAGGUGUAUGCCCUGGCUCGGGCGCCGGCGUUCUCAUGAAGGCUACUAGCUCAGGGCCCCCUGAUCUCCUCUUCACAGGCGAACUCAGUCAUCAUGAUGCGCUAGCUGCCAUCGAGCGCGGGUCCGCCGUCGUGGCACUGUUCCACUCGAACACGGAACGAGGCUACAUACGUGGAGUAAUGAGGAAGAAGCUCGAGGAAGCUCUGCGAGAAGAGUGGGCAACUUCCAGCAAAGAGGGAAUUUCCACUUUAGAAGAAAUCACAAAGCAAGGUGCUACAGGUGCGGCAGAUGGCCUGGAAGCAGCUUGGAAGGAUCAAGAAGUCAGAGUCGACGUUAGCGAGAACGAUCGCGAUCCAUAUGGUAUCGUCAUCCGACGAGGUCUCGCAUGAUAUCCCAAAAGGGACAACCAAAUAAACAAAUUUUACCAAGUUUCUCAUCCUUGUCUCCUAUAUCAAAUACCCAAUUCAUACCUACCUAGUUAAA